UGGUGGAUGAACGAGGCUAACAGCGUAACAUGGGAUCACAGUCAGCGGGGUCCGUUCUUUCCUUGCAGCCACGUUGGUAUCUCCUGCGAAGAUGCACGAUGCACAUGCUUUGAAGCCCAGAUCUGCUGCGAAAAGACGUGCGGAUGCUCUAAGAAUUGCAGUCGGCGCUUCGAGGGAUGCAAAUGCGCCAGACGAUCGAAAUGCUGUGCACAGGACGAUUCUUGCGAGUGCUUCAGGAUGAACAGAGAAUGCGAUCCUGAUCUCUGCGAUUCAUGCGAGGCACAUGUCAUCUUGAAUCCAGUCAACAGGUAUGACGACGACUACCUUCCACAAAGAUGUCGGAACGUCGCCAUCCAGCGCAGCGUGCCGAAACGAACACUUCUCGGCCGUAGCCCUGUUCAUGGCUUUGGCCUGUAUGCUGGAGAACCAAUUGCUAAGGAUGAAUUUAUUGGCGAGUACCAGGGAGAGAUCAUCACGAGAGACGAAACCGAACGACGAGGCGCCAUCUACGACUUUCAGAAGUUGAGCUAUAUCUUCGACCUGAACAGGGAUCAAACGGUCGACUCACAACGAAUGGGCAACAAGAUCCGGUUCAUCAAUCACGCUGCGAAACUGAAUCAGCGCAACGUCUACCCCAAGAUCAUGCUCUGCAACCUAGCCCACCGGAUCGGCAUGUUUGCCCAUCGCGAUAUCAAGGUCGGUGAAGAACUGUUUUUUGAUUAU